CAGUCUUCACGAGUCUUCAAAAAAUGCGCUGAGGCGCUCCGAGUCCAUCACCAACACCGACACCGACAGCACGCCCACCCACCCUCGAUCUCUCCUCCCACCCGACGACAAUCAUGGCCGAACUACGCAAAUUCGAAUCCCUCUACGCCCUCCACACCGAGCUCCAGGCUAUCAGCCAACAGCGCUAUGAAGAGCUCCAGACCGUCGAGCAGCUGCUCGAGCAGCACGCUGAUUCCUUCAGCAAGUUCCUAGACAAGCCGGCCCGGAACGCGACCAACAGGACGGCCCUGCAGAGCGGCAAGAUCAAGGUUCAGGACGAAGAAUAUGCCGUCACCCAGGACUUCAUCAACGACGCCCUUAAGCUUGCCGAUGAGCUCGAUCUCGACGAAAUCGAGGCCGCCCGUGUCCUCCUUGAUGCCGAUGCCGAGGGCGACCAGGCCAGCUUCGACCGUCCCUUGUGGGUGUGCGGCCUCCUCCGCUUCCAAAACGAGCGGAGUUACCUGCUCGACUGUAUGCGCCUUUGCAUCCAGAUAGCAAACGACGAGGAUAUCGACCCCUCCGUGCAAGAAGGCUUUGGCCAGGUUGUCGAUGAGAGGAUCUUUGGCAUUCCCGCACAGGGUAGCAAGCCCCAGGCCGGUGCCCAGAAAUUCGUGCCCAAGUGCGUGGCCGGAUUCCAAACCAUCAGGUCGACUAUGCAAAAUAUCGGGGAGAAGGUGGCAGCUCAAAAUGUCCUGUUUCAGCCCAACGUCUCCAAGCGAAUGGACCAACAAGAACCAUCCGAGAUCAUGCGCCUCAAGCUAAUAGAGCAGCACGAAACCCUUUCCCUCAUACUGUGUGCUGCCGUCGAGAAGAAACAAGCCGAGUCCAAAGAUUUCAAGGAGUUUAUCCAGUUUCUGAGGAAAGUAGACAAAUACGAUCACCUACUAGUACAUCUCAUCCCGGUACUUGGUGCCUAUAUCGCAACCUUUGGUUCCAAUGUGGGUGGUGGAGACGUUGAGCCGGUGCGACAACUGAACGAGUUCAUCUGUGGAAGGACGGCCGAGGAUGUCUGGGCGAUACCGAGUCUCGGCGCUGCGGUGCGCGCAUGGUGGAUCGCCGAGUAUAGCGGCUGGUAUCACGACGAUUACGCCGGCUACGAAGCGCGGGGCAUCAACCUUGACAAGGAGGACGAGGAGAGGACAAAACAGUUCAUGGAUGCCCUAAAAGACGGCGCCUUCGACUUCCUUCUCGCCGUUGCCGCCGAUUGCCAUGCGCAUAACCAGGACUGGCAGGACCCUACACGCUGGGGAAUGCGUCAAUGGUUGCAGCGUAAGGCUCUGCCUCUGGCAUCUGAAGCCCUGCCAUUCGCGCCCCAUUUUCACACCAGUUUGAUGACGCACCUCGAGGUCCUCAUCGAUGCUGCUAUUUCUAAUAUCCCAGACGUUCUGCGUAAGUUGAGGACAGAGGAGGACGAGCAGCGCCAGUUGAGCCAAACACAUGAGCAGGACCUUGAUCUGGAACGGUUCCUCAUGAUCAUUGCCUACGCCUACGAUGGCCGACCGGACGCAGCCAUGACCUUCUGGGAAGAUGCCGACAGCAACCUCUCCGGCUUUUUGAAUUGGGCGUCCAGGAGAGCUUCCACCCCUCUGGUCAGCGCAUUCUGCGAGAUGCUCCAAGCUCUUUCCUGUAAUGAAGAAUGCGCAACGGCCGCCCACAACUUCUUGCUCGACGAAACCACUCACUCGGGGGGCAAGUUGAAACGCUCAGCCUCCUUGACCUGGAACCAAAUCUUCAAGGAACUCAAGUUCUUCAUGGAGAAGCUCCAGACCAAGCCACUUCCAGCACAGUCUCAACUUGUCCGCCACCAUGCGAAGCCCAGCAGCGAUCAGGCCGAGACUGAACCUGAAUCCGCCAUGAUGCUGGAGUGCUAUCUGCGCCUCAUUGCCAAACUCGGCUAUGAGAGCCCAGUCGCCAGAAAUCUUCUGCUUCUCGACACAAGCGUUGAGCUGCCCGAAACUCUGAUCAGGCUGGCCAGUGCCCAGAUACCCGGCCGUCUCCGGGCUUGCGUUUUCAAUGCUUUCCGAGCCCUUAUGCAUGGCAAGACCCAUCAGGAGUCGGAAAUCAUGUGGGACUUUAUCGACCUUUGGCUAGUAGGCGGUUGGGGUCCCAAGGCGGACACACAACGAACCGUGGCAAUGUUGCAGCCCAGUCCUCAGGCCGUGAUGGAUGCUAUUUUGGAUGACAUCAGUGAUGGAUUUGAGCAGCCCGUUGCGUUUAUCCAGCUACUUAAUUCCCUCAUCCAGCCAUCGGUUGAUGAUGGAGAGCUUUGCGACAGGCUGCCUUUCAAGGAAGCGCUUGGCACCAGUAACCGACUGUCCGGCGUUGAUGUCUAUGUUGACUACGUAUUUGGUCUCGUGUUGACCAAGAAGGCUAGGGAUAUCACCGACCCUAUGCAGUUGAGGAUCCUGCAGCUCAGCUGCCUGGAGUUUGCGCUGGCUUCUCUGGCAUCGUUCAACGAGGACCUGAUUGUCUUGGGCAAUGAGAGCAACGUGAAUGUUGAUCUCGCCAUGUCUACUUCCAGCCUGGAAGCCUACGUGCGGUUGCACCCAUUCGCCCGGGUUAUGGAGUGGAUGUUCAAUGAAAAGGUUGUGAACAUUCUUGUCGACAUCAUCAACAGGGAUGCGGAUGUCCUUGGACAGUCAUCCCACGAUUCCCCCGUUGUUAUGGGUGUCUUGCGAGCCGUCCAGGUCAUGAUCAAGGUCAUUGAGCUACAGGACACUUAUCUCGAUCUCGUCCGCCCACUUAUCAAGAAGCAGUUUGGACAGCGAAGCCGCUCUGUCGCAAGCGGGGCUUAUUCCGCUUUUGAGGAUGGCAUCAUGAACCACCUGUCUCUCGUGGAGGAUCUCGGUCGGUUCACCAACCUUGGAAACCCCGAUCUCACCUGGGCUUCCCUUAAGCUCUUGGAGAAGAUCUCGACAUCCUCCAACAUCAUCUCAGCCUGGGAACCCGAUGGUCGUCACGCGCAUCGCAACAAGGCCAUUGUCCAGCUCGAGAGGGGCGGUGCAGGUGUAUCGAUCGCCGCAUCUUUGGCCAACACCAUCGCCGAGACGCUCGAUCCUGUUCAGGAGGCCGAAUCGCCAGGUUACCAGACCAAGAUUUUCAUUUUGGAUUUUCUUUACAAAUGUCUCAAAGCCAACCCGGACAAGCCCACUAUUGCUCAUUUGCUCCUUGGCUUCCGCUGCGAGAUCAAUGGACUUGCCAUCGAACCCAAUGGCGCCUUUGACAUUCAGCGCUCACUCUUCCAUAGCCUUUUGAACGCGUUCAUUGGCCUGUCAGUUUACCAAGAGGAGUUGGGCAUGCGCGGUUAUCUAAUAACUCUGAAGCGGAAGAUCCUGCGCAUCUUCCAGAUCCUCUGGAGUUCACCCCUUUCUUCCAAGUUGGUCAUGGAAGAGUUGCGAGCUACCAACUUCCUCUUCCACACUCUACUCCAAGAACCACAAGUCCAGCCACACCUCAGGUGGGACGGUGCAGAAGCGGUCUCUCCCGAGUUCCUGGUCACCGACGCAUCGCAUUCUUAUAUCGAGUUCCUUGCGACGCGUGCCAUGGCCUUUGAAUACAUUGCCAAGGAGCUUUGCAGUGUUUCCCAGAAACGGAUACCCACUGUCAAGCGUCAAAUCUUUGAUGCUCUGAACGGACAGAUCCGGGUCGAUGACGACGAGCCCAUCAACAUUGCUAAUAUCUUUGACUUUUUUGACUUUCUCAACAUCGACUUUGUGAACAUUCCCGCCCCAGAAUUCGAUAUCUACAGGGACAUCGACCUCACCCCAUGUGUCGAGGAGGACGCGAUGACGGGCUCGCAGUUCAAUGUCCACAAGGUUCACCAGUUGGCUUUGCUCAAGCGCGCCGAGAGACUCAACCGGGACAACCCGGAGAAGAAGGAUACCCAGGCCCUGAUCACACAAGAUGAGCUGGCAGCUUGGGACCGCGAGCAGAGCCUCUUGCUCGAAUACGUCAUCUACCGCAACCGCCAGAAGCAGUUCAGCGCCCACCGGCUCAAGGUGCUCCGGGCGUGGACCAACAUCCUUCUGGUCAUGUUCGAGGCCAACGACUUCAAGGGCACGGCCAAGAUGGCUUUCCUCCUGCAAGCGUUGCAAGCCACUCUGCCCAGCCUCGAAGCCUUCAGCACGCUCAGCCCCGCCGAGGCCUUUGAGCUCGCUCGCGUGGCCAAGGUGCUGCUCUUCAAGCUCGACCUCUCGGACAAGGGCGACGAUGUCACGGACAAGGACAUCGGCAACCUCAUCAGCGACAAGCUCUUCCAGCUGUUCCAAGUCUGCCUCACCUCCAUCGCCAGCUGGGUCGGCAGUGCCGAUUUACGCGCCCUCUACUACUCCAUCUGCUACCGCUAUCUCACCUCGGUAGUCGACAAGACCACGGACCACACCGGCACCACCACCAGCAACACCCUGGCCACCGCCCGCUCCCGCGCCAUCAAGACCAUCCAAGCCUACGGCGACCGUCUCCUCAACGUCAUCUGCGACGACGCCUACGGCUCCGACUCGACGUGCCAAACCGCCGCCAUGAUUCUUUUGGGAGCCCUUGUCCACCUCGACCACACCACCACGGCCUCUGGUCUCCAGCACACCAACAACCUCGACGGCUCCUUCGUCGUCAACGCCCUCAACCGUCUCAACUUCAUCGGCGUCCUCGUCGACUCUCUCAAGACCAUUCUGCAAGAUUGGUCCGCCGCCACCACCUCUUCCUCUUCCCAACCGUCCCAACCAUCUCCUUCGGUUCCCUCCCACCAACAACAACUAGCUCUCACACAACAAACCGCCUCGGCCACAGACAGCCAGUACCUCCUCUCCAAACUCUCUCUCCUCCUCGCCCUCUGCCGCUCCAAGCUCGGCUCCAAAUUCGUUCUUCAGUCGAACCUCUUCCGCGCUCUAGAAGUGUCGGGUGCCUUCUCCACCGACCCCGAACUUCUCGUAGCUUCUUCCUCGGGUUCCACGGGCUCCACGACUGAUGUCCGCGCUUUGGAAAGGCACUAUACACUUUUGGUGUAUCUAGCCAGAAUCGUCUCGGCGGCUGUAAUGGCCGGCAAGAAGCGCGGGAGCCAUAAUGCGCUGCAGGGACGUAAGUUUUUGCAAGGGGCUAGGGGGUUGGUGGUUCAGGUUUUGAAGAGGAGUGUUGGGAUUGGUGGUGGUGGUUCGGGGAACCUUGGUGUUUCCAUGAGGGCGGUAAAUGGAAGUGCGUACGGCAGCACUGCUGUUGAUGGUGGGAUAAGCCGGGUACAGCUGGAGUUGGAAGAACGGGUGGAUGAGCUGGCGGAGGCGUUUAUGUUGCUGAUUGACGCUACGGGGUUUUUGGAGUUCGAGGAAGAGCAAAUGCCUGCUGAGAAGCCGAAGGGUGGUUUACUCUUUCAUUAGAGGGUCAUCAACCACUCAACGAGCUAACAGUUAUGGGCUUGCAUGAGAGACUGGAGGUAAUUGAGAGAGAAAGAAAGUAUGCUGAGAGAAGGGUGGUGUGAGUGAGAGAAGAAGAAGAGGUCGAAGAGGAGGCAGAAGAAGAAGAGAAAGGAGAGAAAAGAGAUGGCCUCAUAGCAUCGAGGGAAAGGAAGGGAAGGGAUGGGAGUUUUGUGUACUGGUACACUGUUGGUGUCUUUUCAGGUUUACAUCAUUUGACAGUAAGAAAUUGUUUUUCGGUUUUCCAUUAUCGAGUUUCAAUUUGGCAAGCAUUUCGGCGUUGAGUCUAAAUUGGAUGUGAAGUUGGUGAAGAGCGGCGAAGAUCGAGCUGUGAUGUUGGAAGUUAGAUUGCUGUUAGCGUUGAAGGCUUGAUAGAGCCGAGAUGCUUAACGCGAACUUGCGCGCCGUUAACA